AUGGAGAACCCAACCAUUUUUGAGCAAACACUCGUCGACAUUGUCUAUAAGACCGUUCUGAUCACCUACCAUCACCACCAGGUGAUUCACUUCGCGGCCUGCGAGACUGUAAAGGCACUUGUCUACUACCACCAGUUGAAAGACUUCGCGACGCGCCACGGCGUCGACAAAACGAUCAAGAAGCUUUUUAAGCAAUUUACCAAGCCAACAUCCCGACAGCUCCGUGGAUCCCGGGGCCCCAGAGCCGAAGGCAGCUUACUUGCCAUCUUCGACGCUCUGACGAAUUGGGAUAAGAUCAGAGAUCUUGUAGUCGAGGAGUUUACUGCUAUCAACCCUUUUAGACAAGGCCAGCCAGGUCUUGUCUUCGCCCUCCUGAAAUGGCUCAAAGCCAUCACACCCCUCGUUCACGAGGAUUUGCCCAAUUUGUCUGGGGACAGACUCUCCCAAACCUGGAGAGCGAUGAAGGACUUAUGGCUGACCAUCGGAGCUGAAGGAGGGUGGGACGGACGAAGGGAAUGGUGGUGGUAG